UGAUCUGAUUGGCUAAAACUAAUAUAAAAAUUUUCGUCUUGAUUUUUUCAACUUCUUGUCCCAAACUAUUGAUCAUGGCUGUUGAACAAGGUAACCGUGCCCACUAUGACCGCACUAUGCUUUUGGCUUUAGCUGGUAGCCCAUUCGCUAAGGUUCCUCCAGUAAAGAUGGCAUUUAUCCCAGGUGUCACCAGAACACCUAAUCAAAGCGAUGUUGUUAUGUCUUUCCGUAAAGAAAAGGACAGAAAGAAGGAGAAGGAGAAAGAAAAGAAGACAUUCAAUCCCUUUGCUCUUCUUGGUGAUGAAUAA